CAAACUGUUAAAGCAAAUGUUUGUCCUGCUGGGGCUGCCUCUAUCUCCAAAUGCGCAGAAGAAAAGUAGAACAAACGCUGGGAGGUAAAAGGUGAACAAAGGCAUGGGCGGGGAACGACAACAACACGCAUAAAGCCGCAUGCGUGCUGCAGAGAACGAUGGCAGAGAUUUCAAAAACAAUCAGCGUCUCCGAAAGUCUGUGAAUCAAAUGGAAGACGAUCCCAGUGUAAUUUAUGGAAUAAUGGAAGGGAAAAGUUUAGUCCAACCGGUGCUGCAUGCUUCCCUUUUGCCUGCCAACCUCCCACUGACCCCGCUAUUAAUCUGCAGUACAAACCCUCUCUGAUCUCAGGGUCUCAGAUCCUCAAGUGAAUCAUUAUAUGGCUUCAACAGUGCUCCCUGUUGAAUGUCAAGUGUUUCCAGUUUGUGAGGUGACCUCUAUUUUCGGCCUCAUACUUCUGCAGCUUUGUGCGGAGGAGUGAGCUUCUUUCCUGGCAAUAUAUUGUGCAUUUUGAAGUAAAUUGAGCGCCUCCCUGCUUGCCUUGUGUAUAACACUCGAUUUCUUUCUCUUUUCAUGUCGCUAUUGCUCUUUUCUGCAAUCUGAUUUUUUUUCCCACUUUGUCUUCCCUCUCUUUUACCUCUUACUGCCAUAAAUCUUGCUCUCACUCCAGGAGUUAUAAAGACGGCUUUGCCAAAUAUGGACAGAGAAGUGAAGGAAGAGUACCAGGUGUUAAUCCAGGCCAAGGACAUGGGCGGGCAACUGGGAGGCCUGGCUGGGACCACCAUUGUCAACAUUACCCUCAGCGAUGUCAACGAUAACCCACCCAGGUUCUCUAAAAGUUUCUUUCACCUAAGAGUUCCUGAAUCCUCUGCAGUCGGGUCUGCUGUUGGCAGGAUAAAGGCCCAUGACUUGGACAUCGGGAGGAACGCUGAAGUGGAGUACAUCAUUGUACCCGGAGAUGGAGGUGCCAUGUUCGACAUAACCACCAAUGAGCACAACCAAGAGGGGAUCAUCAUUCUCAAAAGGCCGCUGGACUACGAAAGCAAGAAGGCGUACACCUUCAAGGUGGAAGCGACCAACGCUCAUUUGGAUCCGCGAUUUCAGAGCUUUGGGGCGUUUAAAGACACAGCAACGGUGAAGAUUAACGUCUUGGACGUGGAUGAGCCUCCGGUGUUCAAUAAGCCCUCCUAUGUGAUGGAUGUGUACGAGGACACGCCCGCGGGCACCAUCAUCGGGGCGGUGACGGCACAGGAUCUGGACGCCAGCGGCAGCCCAGUCAGGUAUUCCAUCGACUGGAAGAGCGACUUAGACAGCUACUUUGACAUCGAUCCGGUGGAAGGAACAAUUUCCACAAACGAGCUGCUUGACAGGGAGAACAUCGCCCAGCACAAUAUCUCUGUUGUGGCGACCAAACUCAACAGUCCGGUUCUGACCAGCCGUGUGGCCGUCACUGUGCACGUCCUGGACAUCAACGAGUUCCCCCCUGAACUGGCCAGCCCUUAUGAGACCUUUGUAUGUGAAAACUCCAAAGUGGGACAGGUGAUUCAAGUCUUCAGCGCGAAAGACCAAGACCUGCCAAGUGCUGGGCAACAGUUCUCUUUCAGAACGUCAAAAGAAGACAUCAAGAACAAGAACUUCACAAUCAGAGACUUUGGAAACAACACGGCUGGAGUUGUGACCAAGCGAAGCGGCUUCAGGCGACGGCUGCAGGAGAUCUACUUGCUGCCCGUCGUGAUCGAAGACAACGGCUACCCGCCGAAGAGCAGCACGGGGACGCUGACCAUUCGCGUGUGUGGCUGCGAAUUAGACGGCUCCCUCCUAACAUGCAGCGCUGAGGCCAUCUUUCUUCCUGUGGGGCUCAGCACAGGAGCUCUCAUCGCCAUCCUUCUGUGCAUCAUCAUCUUAUUAGUUAUCGUUGUACUCUACGUGGGCUUGAGACGGCAGAAGAAAAAGGAAACCCUCAUGUCAUCCAAAGAGGACAUCCGAGAUAACGUAAUCCACUACGACGACGAAGGAGGAGGGGAAGAGGACACCCACGCUUUUGACAUGGGGACCCUUCGAAACCCCAAGGUUGUCAAGGAGAACCUGUUCCGCAGGGACAUCAAGCCCGAGAUGCAACGAGGCCCCAGGCCGCCCGCAUCUCAGGACAGCUCAGACAUCCGAGACUUCAUCAACCAGCGGCUGAAGGAGCACGAUACGGACAACUCGGCUCCGCCCUACGACUCUUUGGCCACGUACGCCUACGAAGGGGACGGCUCUGUGGCCGAGUCUCUCAGCUCCAUUGAGUCCCUUGUAGUAGACUUUGAGGAGGACUACGACUACCUCAGUGACUGGGGGCCUCGCUUUAAGACUCUGGCGGGGAUCUUUGGGGAGCAGUCAGAAAUUCAUUCAGAUUCGACGAACACAGAGAACACACACUGAUGUUCCUCACAGACUCAGAAAAAGGGAAGAUGUGACAUUGUUCAGAUUUUUUUUUAAUGUUUUGCUAUUGCCUCAUAUUUUUUUCAUCAUCGUUUUCCUCCAAGGUUAUUUUUUUUUUUUUUACAGCUCACCGUUUCUAAUUUAUAUGGCAAUUUUACAGUUCUCAGUCCCAAAAUUGUAAAAAAAAAAAAA